AUGACUUCAUUAUCAAGGGGAAUUCAAAUAUCAAGGGCCCUGAGGUGUCCCCAGUGUCAUGGUAGGGCAUGGCUCUUCCCCCAGCGACGACUGUUCAGUCUAUCUCCCUCGACGCUCAACAGCAGCAGCAGCAGCAGCAACACGACGACGAUCAGCGGCAGAGAUGAGCACACUCCAGCAAAAGUCACAUCAUCAUCCCUGAGAGACAGAUUACGCUCCUCAACCUCGGGACGUGGUACGGCACGAUCCAAGGGAGGGUUCUCGGCAGGCGGCGUCCGACGCAUUCUGGGCCAGACACCCGACAAGCCCAUCCGGACGCGGUUCGCCCCUUCUCCCACGGGAUAUCUUCACCUGGGGUCCCUACGCACGGCGCUCUUCAACAAUCUCGCGUCCGUUGCGUCGAAGGGGGGGUCAUUCAUCCUGCGCAUAGAGGACACAGAUCAGAGCCGUCUCGUACAUGAUGCCGAGGACAGGAUCAUAAGUGAUCUGAAGUGGCUGGGACUCGAAUGGAGUGAAGGGCCAGACUGCGGUGGUCCUCACGGGCCAUACAGACAGUCCGAAAGACUAGAAAUUUACAAACAUCACGUAGACCACCUCGUCGACGAGGGUCACGCAUACAGAUGCUUUUGCAAGCCAGAGGACCUGGAGAAGCAGAAGCUCGAACUGCACAACGCCGGCAAGCCCACCUUCUACCCGGGAACGUGCCGAUCCAUCCAGGCCGACGAGUCGACCUCGCGCGCCGCCGCCGGUGAAUCCCACGUCGUACGCUUCAGGGGCGACGCUUUUGGCCUCCUCGGUCACAAGGACGCCAUAUACGGCCCCUUCCAGAAGAAGGAGGUUGAGGAGGAUUUCAUCAUCCUCAAGACGGAUGGGUUCCCCACUUACCAUCUUGCCAACGUCGUUGACGAUCAUCUCAUGGAGAUUACCCAUGUUGAAUGGCUCAUCUCCACACCAAAGCAUCUAGCCCUGUACAGAGCCUUUGGCUGGAACCCCCCGACUUUCGCUCACCUGGGCCUCCUCGUCAACCAGGAUGGCAGCAAGCUCAGCAAGCGCAACGAGAGCGCCAACGUCUCUCGCUACCAGGUAGAGCGAUACUCUCCCAUGGCCAUGCAGGCCUGGCUGGCCAACCUAGGCUCAUCAUUCAUGCCCGGUCACGACUCCCCCCCUCGAACAAUUAAGGAUGUCGCCGAUGCUCUCUCAUUCAAAUUCACCCGAGGCGGUAUAAAGCUCAACCCGGAGAAGCUCGAUCUUUUCGACGUGAGAUACCACCGGUCCACCAUCCUCUCUCCACGCGAGGACCUUGCUCCCGUCGAACGACGUCUCAUCUCCUCCUCCCUCCUGGAACCCAUCCUAUCUGAAGUUCACAGCCUCACCGCACCCCCCACAUCCACAUUCACAUCCACAUUCACCGACGACGACGACAACAACAACAACAACAACACCCAGAACCCAUUCACGGACCACUCCUCCGAGGAAUGGGGUCGGCACACCAAGACCCCCGUACCCGCCCUAUCGAUUGCGUACCUGGAGAACAUGCUCGGCCGUCUCGUCCGGAGCAACCGGUACAAGAAGCGCGGCGACGUGCGCCGCCUAGUCGUCACCCACCCGCACUACUUCUGGCGCGUGCCGGAGUCAAUAUACGCCCUCUCCCUGGGGAUGAUGGACCCCCAGACCAGGGACGGCAAGCUGCCCGCCGUCCUGCGCGCCAUAUCGCGCGUCUGCCAAGAUGCCAGCCUGUGGGAGGUGGAGGAGGUGGAUGGGGGAGCCGACCGCGCAGGACAGGAUGCGGCUGCUGUCGUGGCCAGGUCCAUGGUGGAGUGGCUGGCCAGAGAGGCGCCCGUCGUGUCCGAGAUGGAUGUCUACGCCCUGCAGAGGUUCGUCGCCACCGGUCGGCCCGCCGCGCUUUCCCACUCUGCCGGGGAUCUUUUUGCCGUUCUCGGGAGGGACGAGUGGUUGUAUCGUCUUGGCGUUGUGAGGGAUCGUCUAACCGGUGCGGCGUAG